AUGCUUCGAAACAAGCGUCAGAACACUCAACCCCUCGAGGAAACCGAUGUCGCCCCUAAAACCUUCACCGAUGGACUCCCACUACCUAAGCUGAUCGCGUUCGACCUGGAUUACACACUAUGGCCUUUCUGGGUGGACACACACGUUAGUGCCCCAGUCAAGGCACGCGACAACAACUCUCGCGUAGUGGAUCGAUGGGGUGAAUCAUUCGCUUUCUACCCGGCCGUUUCCUCCAUCAUCUAUGCCUGCAAUAGCCGCGCUAUCCCCCUGGCACUAGCUUCACGCACCCAUACCCCAGAUCUAGCUCGCGAUUUGCUCAAGACGCUACACAUCAUUCCUACCUUCUCAGACAACACUGCUGGACAAAGUCGCACAAGUCGUGCAUUGGAGUACUUUGAAUAUAUUCAGAUCUUUCCCGCAAACAAAACCCAGCACUUCUCGCGAAUCCAUCAAUCGAGCGGAGUUGAGUAUGAAGAGAUGCUGUUCUUCGAUGAUGAGGCACGGAACCGUAACGUCGAGACAGAGCUAGGAGUCACAUUCUGCCUUGUUCGAGAUGGAAUGACUCGCGAGGAAGUAGAUCGUGGUGUUUGGGCAUGGAGAAAGAGAAAUGGCAUCAAGCAGAAGAGUGCAGAUGGGGAGCAGUAA